CCUAACCCUAACCCUAACCCUAACCCUAACCCUAACCCUAACCCUAACCCUAACCCUAACCCUAACCCUAACCCUAACCCUAACCCUAACCCUAACCCUAACCCUAACCCUAACCCUAACCCUAACCCUAACCCUAACCCUAACCCUAACCCUAACCCUAACCCUAACCCUAACCCUAACCCUAACCCUAACCCUAACCCUAACCCUAACCCUAACCCUAACCCUAACCCUAACCCUAACCCUAACCCUAACCCUAACCCUAACCCUAACCCUAACCCUAACCCUAACCCUAACCCUAACCCUAACCCUAACCCUAACCCUAACCCUAACCCUAACCCUAACCCUAACCCUAACCCUAACCCUAACCCUAACCCUAACCCUAACCCUAACCCUAACCCUAACCCUAACCCUAACCCUAACCCUAACCCUAACCCUAACCCUAGAGCUAACCCUAGAGCUAACCCUAGAGGUGACCCUAGAGGUAACCCUAGAGGUAACCCUAGAGCUAACCCUAGAGCUAACCCUAGAGCUAACCCUAGAGCUAACCCUAGAGCUAACCCUAGAGCUGUGUCUUCGUAACCCUAAAUAA